AGAGAUGUGACGGAAGCUCUGAUCCUCCAGCUGUUCAGCCAGAUUGGACCAUGCAAAAACUGCAAAAUGAUAAUGGAUACAGCUGGAAAUGAUCCCUAUUGUUUUGUGGAGUUCUAUGAGCAUCGCCAUGCGGCUUCGGCACUGGCUGCCAUGAAUGGCCGGAAGAUAAUGGGAGGUCAAAGUGAACUGGGCAACGACCCCCAGCAGCCAGAAGAAAGACACGAGCAACCAUUUCCAUGUCUUUGUUGGAGACCUCAGUCCCGAAAUUACAACUGAAGAUAUAAAAGCAGCUUUUGCGCCAUUUGGAAGAAUAUCGUAAGUAAUUGGAUAGGAUAAACGAACUAAAAGUUCUCUCUCCUAAAUGGAGGCAGCCUCUUAUUUCAGUAAGUAAAAACCAAAAGUUGACCCAGUGCAGGAGUACACAUUCAUCUGUUCAUACAGCGCCCGGACUCUGAAUGGUUGAGCAUUUAGCAGGGCUGUGUAAAGGGAUUUCUUUCUAGAAGCUUCUUCUGCUUUCCUAGAAAGGGUUGCAUACGACAUGCUUUGGUUUCAUACUCCUCACAUUGUUUAGCAGAGCAACACUGGAAAAAAACGAUUCCUGAAUGUGGGGUUACACGUUUAACUUGCCCUCUCCGCAGUCACAUCAGCAUCACGCUGUAUGGUUUGUGAGUGAGCCCGUUUGCAUGCUCACACCUCACAAGGCCUUGGGUUUUCACCAGCAGCAGCCAUUUGUGGCAGUUAAAAUUCCCACCCACCCCCCAACCCCCAAAAAAUGAACCCUUUUCAGCCUCGUGGCACCCAGAGGCUGCAGCUCCGGUGGCCUCCAGGUGCUUGGCCAAAACCAUCUUUGGUCCUGGAGUCACACUCAUGGGCUGUGCAGAGCGAUGGUGUGACAAGAGAACGUGUUACCAAGGGGGAACCGUGGCUGCAGCUCUCUGCCUGCCAAUCUGUUGGACUCAGGGUGUAGCAGAGUAAGGAGCAGUUCGUUCAUUCCAUCCUCCAAAUGUAAACCAUUAAUUUUCCUUGUAGUGUUGUCUGUACUGGACAUUGAAGUUUCUUGAUGGUGAUGUAAGAGAACGUAGAGUGCUUUGGAGUGUUGUGUAGUGCAGCCUUUAAUUGAAGUAAGUUUGUUUUUUUGUUUUUCCCUCAGAGUCCAGUGUGUUACUCUUGUUAAUGCCAGCUUGAUUUCCUCUUUGAUGCAGUUAAGAAAAACCAUGUGAUCUGAAUGUCACUCGCUUCAGAGAACUCUAAAUCUCGACUAAUCACCCCUUAGGAAACUCAGAGGGUCAGACUCCUAAGCAGAGUCAGUUUAUCCUCGUGGCCAAAUGCAGUGUGGAUGGAAGGGCCGACGGACUCUAAAAUGGGUUUGCACUGGCACUUUGCUGCUGGAAUGAGUAGGAAAGGCAGGGAGCAGCAGGCAGCUGCGUUGGUGUGAAUGUGGUGAAGCUAUGAAGGAAUUUCCCCUAGCUGCUUCAGCGCUGGGUUUCUCAGGUGCCUUCCAAUAGGCAGGCUUCUCCAGCAAAUACAUCCCCUAAAAGCAAAGCCCUUUAGGACACAGCAUCAGGACUCUCCCAGCUGGGGUGGGGAGAAGGCAAGCAAGCUGCUGCUUUUGGGGUGCUCAGCACGCAGCUGUAGAGCUAGCAGGCUGCAAACUUGGCGACUUGCCCUGCCUUAUAAAUGGACAGCCCAAAAAGAAAUCAUCCCUGUUACGACUCUCUGAAAGUCCUGCUCCCAAAAUGGAGGGGUCAGGGAGAGCAGAAGGGGCCUUGGUUUUCUGUUGGUGGUACUGAACCUGAAAAAACACUGCUGCCAUCUCAUCAGCAGUCGAUUGAAGCUAUUUGACCUAACCUGUUCCUCAUCAGUGACUCCUUUCUGGAAAUGUGCUAAUGGAAUAUUUCCUGAUUUAUUAUUAUUUUUUUAACAUUGGUGUUAAACUGAGCUUUAUAUGUAUAUAUAUAUGAAACCAAGGUUGAACUACUGCAUGAUUAGUGCAUAAAGAAAUGUUGGUAAUUCAUUGCAUCUGAACUUUUUAAUCACUGUAAAAGCACACGUUCAUUGUGGUUUCCUUUUCUGCUUACUGUAUGCAUGUUUUCACUUGUUCUCAAGUCUUAUUUUCAAAGUUUUCAGUUGAGGGUAAGUAGAGAUGAGUUCUUCCCCCCUCCCUCUUUAGGCUGUUGAGAGCAAACCAGCUAAGAGUACCAGCGUGGCUCUUCUCAGGCAAUUUGUCCUACCCAAAUUCAGACCAGGAAGGAGAAACGAAACAAAAGGGAGGGGGGAGGUGUUGCAAACAGAAAAGAAAUAACACUGCUGACGUUGGAAGAGGUGUUUUCCUCGGGUCAGUGCUGUAGGCUUACAUGUACCACAAUGAGCUCAUGAUACAGCAUUUGCAGUGACAUUGAGGCUUAAGAAAGUGGUGUAACGAACCCUCUCUUCAUUGUGACCCCUCUCGCCAGUCUCGGAAUGCUAAAUGUUGUGCCCAUGUUACAGUAGUUUCUCUGAACCCUCUUAUGUUAUGCAGACCUAAGUUCCAUUGCAUGACUUGCUGACUGGUUUUCUGUUUUGCUUUCUGUUCUUUAAUGCUUGUUACGUGUGGGGGGGGAGGAGGGGUGGCCUGGAGAGCAUCCCAGCCCCUGGCUAACCUGGACACAAAUUGCCUGAGAAGCGCUGUAGAGUGGCUUUCCAUGAGUGGGGGUUUAGCUCUUGUAGCUGGGUUCUCUUCUUAACUCAAUCUCAAAUAAUAGGGCUCUGGUUAUUUUGCAGAGUGUCUCUGAAGAAUGGACAGAAUUGCCAUGGCUAACUACAAGCUACAGUUCACAGUGGACAAACGUUGUAGUUUUCUUAUUUACUUUUAUAAAUAUUUGCUUUCUUUUUUCUUUUUUCUUUUUUCUUUUUUCUUUUUUUUGUUAUUUUUUUAUAUCUUGUAGUUUCCAAUCAGUCCUGUAUGAUUGCUAUUGUACAAAUGCACUUUGAAUUAUUUGUAAUGUGUAGUAUAAAACGUAAAUGUUUCGGUGUUUUCUUCAAUAAUUUCUGAAAAUGUCAAUCUCUCAAAAUUUACAGCUGCCCACAGUCCCAAAAGGGGGUAACGAAUUGACCAGAGAAAAUUAAAGAAUUCAGUUAACAGGCGACGUAUGCCUUUUAAUUCCUCUCUUUUUCAUUUUUUCUAUUUAAUAUUUUGAAUGAGUAGGUAGAAUUGUGUUGGCAAAGAAGCUGAGUGUAACGAUUGCAUGGUUAAAGAGAGCCAUUCAGCUAAUGUUAGUGGCUUAAGUGAUCCUUUGGAAUAGCUGCUUUGACCAUGCUUUGUGCCUUAACAGUAUGUAAAAGCGUUUUGAAGCGGAAACAACUGUCGUAAAGUACCUACCUUUGUUAGAGAAGCUAUUGAUUUGCAUGUUUACGAAAUUAAGUUUAAUUUUGCUACCACCUGGCAAAGCAGUAGUAAAGUUCUGUUUAGAAACGAAGCCGUUUGCUUUGACUGUGUUGCUGGUGCAAUAAACAGUUGACUUUAGUAAAGGUGAAAGGUGAAAAUGAGCUGUACGUGUGACUCGAGUUUAGUCGGGCUGGCUUUAUGAGGUGCUGAACUGGCUCUUGUUUCUGCUUUCUAGAGAUGCACGGGUGGUUAAGGACAUGGCAACGGGGAAAUCUAAAGGCUAUGGCUUCGUCUCCUUCUUCAAUAAAUGGGAUGCAGAGAAUGCUAUUCAGCAGAUGGGUGGACAGUGGCUCGGUGGAAGGCAAAUCAGAACAAACUGGGCAACGAGAAAACCUCCAGCUCCAAAGAGUACAUACGAAUCAAACACCAAACAACUGUCUUACGAUGACGUGGUCAAUCAGUCCAGUCCCAGCAACUGCACCGUGUACUGCGGAGGUGUCACUUCAGGCCUGACAGAGCAGUUAAUGCGCCAGACCUUUUCUCCAUUCGGACAGAUAAUGGAAAUCCGAGUCUUCCCAGAUAAAGGCUACUCCUUUGUACGGUUUAAUUCUCAUGAGAGCGCUGCGCAUGCGAUCGUUUCUGUCAACGGGACAACUAUAGAAGGCCAUGUGGUGAAGUGCUACUGGGGGAAGGAGACACCUGACAUGAUCAGCCCGGUGCAGCAGAAUCAAAUUGGAUAUCCUCAGGCUUACGGGCAGUGGGGGCAGUGGUAUGGAAAUGCUCAGCUCGGGCAGUACGUGCCCAACGGGUGGCAGGUCCCCGCCUACGGGAUGUACGGGCAGGCGUGGAACCAGCAGGGCUUCAAUCAGACGCAGUCAUCGGCAGCGUGGAUGGGAGCAAACUACAGCGUGCAGCCACCACAGGGGCAGAAUGGCAGCGUGUUGACAAACCAGGCCGGGUACCGCGUGGCAGGCUUUGAGACACAGUGAGCAACCAACGCUGCAGCUGGGUGCUGGCAGGCUCGAGCAGCGUCACAAAGAUGCGUCAGAUCAAGUCAGUGCAAGCAUCAGAUGCAAUGUAUUUAUUUAAGAGAAAGAGAGAGAGAGAGAGAGAAAAAAAAAGAAAAAAAAGAAAAGGAAAAAAAAAAAGAAAAAAAAACAUUUUUAAUCGUGAAGUUGUCAUCCACGUUGUUUAAAAAAAAAAAAAAGAAAAAAUCACAAAAAAAAAAGAGAUGCUGGAUGUCUGCCAACCAUUGCCUUCUUUUCCUCUUUUCUAUUAUGUGUUUCUUAACGAUCCACUGUUGAAACACAGCAGAUUGCAGGGACUACUGCCACUGAAACUUGGGGGCAGAAAAAUUGCACAAUGUCAAACUUGUUGUCUUUUGUUUCUUUUCCUCGGGAGCAGCGUGCGGUUGUAGUUUGCAUUCCGAAUGAUUUACAAUGUAUUAUAAAAGCCGUUGUACAAAAAGAAAAGCCCAAAGCGUGCGGGGUCCUGGAGGCGCUCCGCCCUCAGCCUCUGCACCCCCCUCUUCUCAAAGAGCCUCCUGUACAGAGCGCCCCCCCCUCCCCCCCUCCCAUUAGAGCGGCUCUUUUGGAGGCCGGCUUCUUAGUUUACAUCCUUUUGUACCCAUGCAUUUGCUCAGAGCUGUCUUUGCCUUACGACCUCCGUUCCCCACCGCCGCCUCUCCGCCGUCAGCGCCCACCGACCCAACGUUGCAUUGUGGCAAUGGGUGCCUCCAGCAUCGCGCUGACGGCGGAGGGGUCCCCAUCUCUGCUGCUGCAGGAAAACCCCGUUCCGACUCACUUCAAAUGGGACGAUUCUACCAACCAGCUCCUUGUUUUGUUGGGGUUCCCCCCUCCCCCCCCCCCCCCCCUCCCCCUUUUUAAAUCGAUUUCUACAUUUACAUGUACUGAUUAUGUAAAAUAUUUUAGCAAAUUAAUAUUUUGCACAAACGUUA